AGGACGGUAGAAAAGAGACCAUCUUAGGACAAUUCCCUGUUGCAAACAGCUCCCCCAUCGAUUUCAUCUCUGACUCUUCGUUGCGAGGUUGCGCGGAAGAGGCCGCGCUGAUCGUUAUCACUAGGCUUCUGACAGAAUCUUUUCAGCGUAGCCUCUGCUGCUCAACAACUACCGCAAUGGCGAGAUGUCGACACUCCGUCACCGUCGCGAUACUGCUCGCAUCCAUGGCGGCUCUGGCCAUGGCGUCUGGUCGCACUCUGCUAUCCAGAUCGCGCACUCCCUGCCGCGACCCGAACGCGAGGGGGUUCUCCGGGGGAGAGCUCGUCUCGGAUCCGCGAUCGCACGAGACUCUGAAGAAGUCGGACCUUCCGCGAAGCUUCUUCUGGGGAAAUGUCAGCGGAGUGAACUAUUUGACGGAGAGCAGGAACCAGCACAUCCCGCAGUACUGCGGCUCGUGCUGGGCCUUCGCGACCACAUCAGCAGUGUCGGACCGCAUCAAGAUCAAGCGCAGCGCUGCAUGGCCGGACAUCGUCCUCUCCCCCCAGGUGCUGCUCAACUGUAAGGGAGGCGGUUCGUGCAACGGCGGCAACCCGUACGCGGCUCUGGAGUACAUGGCGCACAGAGGCCUGCCGCACGAGAGCUGCCAGAACUACGAGGCGGAGGACCAGGAGUGCCGCCCGCUGGGGGUGUGCGAGGACUGUGUGCCUGGAGUGGACCCUGAGCCCUUCACCCCCGGCACGUGCUUCCCAGUGGCCAACUUCACCCUCUGGCGCCUCAAGCAGUACGGCUCCGUGCUCUCAGGCUCUGAUUUGGAUGCUGCUGGGAAUCGCAUGUCCAGAGCCGACAAGCUCAAGGCGGAGAUCUUCAAGCGCGGCCCCAUUUCGUGCGGCAUGGACGUCACGGACCAGUUUGAGGCAUACACGGGCGGUGUGUUCCACCAGUUUGUGCCGCUGCCGCUGCCCAACCACGAGGUCUCUCUCGUGGGGUGGGGCGUGGAUGCGGCCUCGGGCCAUGAGUACUGGAUCGGCCGCAACUCGUGGGGCAUGGCAUGGGGCGAGCAGGGUCUGUUCCGCAUCCGCAUGCACCACUCCAACCUGGGCAUCGAGCUCACCUGCUCCUGGGGCGACCCCGACGCCAACCCCCUCCCUGCCGGCGCCAUCCCCCAGCCCCUCGACCCCCUGCCCCGUGCCUUCGAAGCUGCCUCGGUCCGUGCCUCCGAAGCUGCCUCGGGCCAGUCUCUCAAGAGUGCAGGGGGGAACGAGCAGCUGAUUCAGCAGGUGGUUGGGGGGAGGACGAGGGAGUCCGAGACAGUGGAGACAGCAGCAGCAGAGGGGCCAUCCGAGGUGCAGCACCACGUGCACCUGUUUGGACGGCACAAGGAGUGUGCUUGCCUCAAGAGAAGCCCCACUCCCAUUCCCGUGACAGUGAAGACCCCCCUCCCCCAGCACUACCUGCGAGCGUCGGACAUCCCCGCGGCCUACGACAUCCGCAACCUCAGCGGCCGCAGCUAUGCUGUGGUGGAGCGCAACCAGCACAUCCCGCGCUACUGCGGCUCCUGCUGGGCCUUUGGCACCACGGCGGCGCUCAGCGAGCGAGUCAGCCUGAUGAGGAAGGGGGAGUUUCCGCAGAUCAACCUGUCGCCCCAGGUGGUGGUGAACUGUGUAACGGGCGGGGGCAGCAACGGAUGCUAUGGAGGCGACCCCACCGCUGUCUAUGCUUGGGCAUUGGAGAAUGGAAUCCCGGACGAGAGCUGUGCCAAUUACGAGGCGCGCAACAAGGAGUGCUCGCCCAUUGCCACCUGCUUCGACUGCUCCCCCGAGGGCACAUGCCACGCCCUCAAGAAAUAUCCGCGGGUGUAUGUAGAGGAGCACGGGACGGUGCAGGGCGAAGCAGAUAUGAUGGCCGAGAUUGCUGCCCGCGGCCCCAUAGCGUGCGGCAUUGCAGUGAACGACGACUUCUAUAAGAACUACAAGGGUGGUAUCUACAACGACACCACCGGCUUCCUGGACGUGGACCACGUGAUCACCGUGGGGGGGUGGGGCACGUCGCCCGAGGGUGUCAAGUACUGGAUUGCCCGCAACUCAUGGGGCACGUACUGGGGUGAGAAUGGUUGGUUCCGCAUUGUGCGGGGAACCAACAACCUUGCGAUUGAGAGUGGAUGCGACUGGGCAGUUCCCAAGGUCGUGUGGGAGUAAAAAUGGCUUCAAGGGCUUGUUAGGAGAUCAUAUGGGCAUGCAAGCUUGAAUAUAAGGAGUCACGAUGCUAGAAUAUAUUAGCGAUAACUCUCUGUUGGUAUUCAUAUCACGAUAGCCACAUACUGCACUUGAACUGCUUGUACGACGAGGAUAGCUACCAGAACGAAGGUCGCUCCCCGCUAUUGGAGUCUCUGUGCAUGACCAAUGUGAAGUCAAGACUGCUACUGUAACGAGAGAAUGCAUUGAGGGUGUUGAACAGUCA